CCCCCAUUGGCUACGGCGCCCCCAACGCCAGGGCUCUCCCCCAUCUCCCCCUCGACAACGGUCCAUCCCGCUUCCAGCUGCUGCAGCCGCGCCUUCGCCGUCUCAGCAUCCAGCCGCCCCCUGCUCCGGCCCAGCAUGGCGACCCCGACCCAGCCUCCCUCAAAGGUUCCUCAGGAAUCUGACCCAUUUCACUACGACUACGACACCGUGCAGACUAUAGGCCUGACUCUGGCGACCAUAAUGUUUGUGCUGGGCAUCAUCAUCAUUCUCAGCAAGAAGGUGAAGUGCCGGAAGGCGGACUCCAGGUCUGAGAGCCCAACAUGCAAAUCCUGUAAGUCGGAGCUUCCCUCCUCAGCUCCUGGAGGUGGCGGCGUGUAAAACCAGCCCGGGGCACCUCCACUGCUGUCCCUACCUGAGUGCAGGAGCCUGAAGACCAGGUGGAGGCGGUGGGGAUCCCCGCCUUGCUCCGGGGAGCCGGUCCCCAACGAGCCACCCCACCCACCACGAGACUGGAGCUGCUGCACCCUGAUGUCGCUCCCCAGGCCUUGGCAAUGACGACCCCCCAAAGAGCCCAUCUGCACCCCAGAUCCAGGGACCCAGGCCUCCAGCUCAUGGGAUCUCGGAGUCCACCCCCAGCCCCCCCAGAAUCCCCGUGUACUGCUCUCCUGCACCUCCUCGUCUCUUUAAAGGGCCCUUCCCCUGCACCCUCAGUGUCUAUGUCUUGAGCUUAAUAAAUGUGCAUUUGGUUUUUUCCCUG